AUGCCUAAAUCUUCAAUUUAUUAUUAUAUUGUUCUUAUUGGUUGUACUCUAGAUAUUUAUAAUACUUUGAAAAAAUGUAAAGAACAAGUGAACAAUUAUCCUUCUGCAUAUUUUAAAAAAAGUUUAACAUUCGAGGAAGCAAAACAAUUAUUUGAUAAUUAUCAAAUAAAAAUUAAAAGAAAGAAAAAAAAGUUAAAUUCUAAUAAUAAAAUAGUAAUUUAUACUGAUGAUGGAAGUAAAGAAAUUACUGAACCAUUACCAGGAAAUUUACAAACAAAUAAUCGAGCAGAAUUAUAUGCAGUGAUUCGUGCAUUAGAAACUUGUAAAGAUCAAAAUAAAAUAAUUGAAAUUAAAAGUAAUAGUAGAUAUGUAGUUAAUUCAUGUGAAACUUGGAUUUAUAUAUGGAUAAAAAAUAAUUGGAAAACAAUACAUGAUCACGAAGUGAAAAAUAAAGAUUUUUUUGAAAAAAUAUAUUUUUUAAUAAAUAAAAGAUCUGGUAAAGUAUAUUUUACACAUAUAUUUGGACAUAAAGAUAUUAAUAGUAAUGAAUAUGCUGAUAGAUUAGCAAAAUGUGGUGCAGCAAUAAAAAUGAAUAAUAGUAAAAAAUUAUCACUUUAUAAUAGUUUUACGAAACCAAAGUUACCUAUUAUUAAACAAAAUAAUCCAGAUCUUGAUCAUAAAGCUGCAUUUAAGUUAGUAGCUUCAAUGUAG